UACAGUUGGCCAUCAAGGCUUUUGAGGGAGAGCAAGUAGAUCCUCUUAAGCAACUUGACAGCUUGGUUAGCCUGAUCAAGUCUGUGAGCAGCAGGGUGCUGAAUCCACUGGCAAAUGUUGAUGUACUCAAAGGGCCAAUAGAUGGAUACAUCAGUCCCAAACCGUACAUUGGUUACCUUUUUGAGUCAAAGGCAGCUGAGCUCCACCUAGCGCCCGAGGAAUAAAACAAUGUCCGAAAGCGGUGUGUAACCAUCUCCCUCGCGAAGGAGUUGAGGGUGAGACUGCCGGACAACAUCGAAGCAUUACAGUACAUGCCAGUUUUCAGUGUGGAGGAAACUCUAAAGCACAAUAAGAGCCCUGGAGAAAUAGAAAAAAAUAGUCAAGCUCCUUGGCUACUCCCCUGCAGAGAUAGACAAGAUUGUCCAGCGUGCCAUCCAUCUUAGUAAAUGGAAUGAGACAAAAAACACACUGGGCUUCUGGAGUGAGAUUUGGAAGUUCAGGGAUGCAUCCGAUAUCAACCCGUUUCAAUAACUUGCCAUGGCUUCUGUGUCUAUGUUGUCCUUGCCACACUCGAAUGCUGAAGUCGAGAGAGUAUUCAUCCAUUUAGAUUGCUAAUGUAGAUUGGAUACAAUUUAUUUUUUAAAUGUUACGUUUUACUGUGACUUGUUGUAGGCUCCUAAGUGGACCAUAAGGUUAAAAACCAAACCAAAUUAAGAAAACUAAACUAAAAUAAUAAUAAAACUCCGCCAGUGUGUCUGUUUUGGGUCACUUUUGCCGGUCCCAAGCCCAGAUAAAGGAGGAGGGUUUGAAUUGUGACAUUAAAAAAAACAAGAAUGACAGAAGAAAGUUCAUUUGUAGUUCUAAAUAUAUUUACGGUAUUUUUAACUUACUUUUUGUCUCUCCCAGCAUUCAUCACAAUUACGUAAACAUUGCCAAUUAUGCAAAUGAGGCAAUCUCGUCAUGUAGCGACUUUUAGGACAGCCAAUAGCUACUUUCCUUACUGAGGCAACACUGAGCGAAGACGGGAAACCACGCUGGAAAGUAACGACGACGAAGCGGUUGUAAGCAUACAUUUUGCCUACAGACAAUGGGCAGCCAGGUAUCUGUAGACAAUGUUCAUGUUGUGGUGGUUGGCGGGGGUUUCGGUGGCACCGCCGCCGCACAACAGCUCAAAUCCAGGGGGAUACCAUUCACCCUCAUUGACCUCCGUGACGCCUUUCAUCACAAUGUGGCUGCCCUCCGUGCCUCUGUUCAGAGUGGCUUUGCCCAGCAGACCUUCAUCCCAUAUUUGAAGACGUUUGGAGAGAAUUUCCUUCAGGGGCGAGUCAUAUGGGUGGACCCAGUGUCACAGACUGUAGCGUUGGAUGGAGGAAAGGAAGUUCAUUACUCACACCUUAUACUGUGCACUGGCACAGAUGGCCCUUUCCCGGGGAAGUACAACAUGGUGGCCUCUUAUCAGACAGCCAUCCAGAAGUAUGAGGACAUUGUGAAGGAGGUCCAGGCCGCAGGUUCAGUUCUUGUGGUAGGUGGUGGAUCCACUGGUGUAGAGAUGGCUGCAGAGAUCAAAACAGAAUAUCCAGACAAGAAGGUGAUCCUGAUCCAUUCCCAUGUUGGCCUAGCCGACCCAGAGCUGCUGCCCAGUGUCAGGCAACAGGCUAAGGAGGUGCUGCUGGAGAAGGGGGUGGAGCUGCUACUGGGGCAGAAAGUUUCGAACCUGUCUCAACUGGAGCUCAAUGUGACCAACAAGAACAUGGUUAUCAUGACAGACAAGGAUACAGAGAUCACUGCAGACCUCGUCAUCUGCUGCACAGGCAUGAAGAUUAACUCUGAUGCCUAUAGCUCCAGCCUGAAUGGAUGCCUAGCAGAGAAUGGGUCCCUGAAAGUGAAUGUGCACCUGCAGGUGGAGGGCUAUGACAAUGUGUACGCUGUUGGGGACUGUGCUAAUGUUAACGAACCUAAGAUGGCGUACCAUGCAGGUCUCCACGCUGGGGUUGCUGUUGCCAACAUCACCAACAGUCUGAUGGGGAAGCACCUGGAAUCUUAUCACCCAGGGAGUGUGACCAUGUUGUUAGCCAUGGGCCAUAAUGAUGGAGUGGGCCAGUUCAAUGGGCUGAGGCUUCCCCGUUGCCUUGUAACCCAGGGCAAGAGCAAGAACCUACUACUGUGGAAAAGCUGGAAGGAAAUGGGUCAGGAAGCUCCUUAACGUGUGCCAUACAGAACAUUGUGGAGCGAAGACGUGUGUGCCAGCACCGCCUUGAGAGUGCCUUACUCAGGUGACAGCUUGCAGAAGUUUUGGUGUUCUGACAUGACUAUUGAUAUGAGACCAUAUAUUUGUAAAAUAUUUCUACGCAAUGUGAUGCAAACUUUGUACAAUGUCCAUUUUUGCCAAUGAAUGUUAAUGUAUGUCUUGAUUAAAAAUAUUUAAAAAAUCUGAA